AUGGCUUUUCAACGUACUAUCCCUAGCUCAGAUAUUUUCCUCCGCUCCUCACUCUCAUACGGACACGGGAAAGAGGUCUUUGACGUAGAAGUAGAAGCAGCUCUAGCUGGCGCUCAAGCAGCAAUAGCGUACCCAACAGCUCAAUUUACUACCAACCUAUGGAUCUGUCUUGACAACCUGGAAGUUGCUAUAUGCCUUCUAUCUCCCUCUACAGGAUCUUCCCAAGAAAUCUUUGAAUCUUUCCGCACCCUUGCAGCUGUCUGGCCACUUCGCAAAAGGCUUCCUCAUACCAAAAGCGGAUCUAUCCAAAUCCGAUGGGUCCCUGGACACGCUAAAAUCCCUGAGAACGAAGCGGCUGAUCUCGCUGCCAAAGAGGGAGCUGCCUCAAUCCCUCCUGCUCCUUACAAAUCCUCAUACGCCUCGCUAAAGAGAUACGCCAAGACUCAAUCCCUAUCCGCUGCUCAGUCACAAUGGCAGAAGGUGGCACCAUAG